CUUGUGACCCCCCUCGUCUCUCCCUCACCACCACCACCACCCCCAUCACCCCCCUUCUCUCUCUCGGGGCUAUAAACUCUCCACUCCUCUGUCGGGGCCAUGACUCCGAGCGACUCUCCGCUUCUCGGCUGCCCUUGCUGCCGAGAUUCAUGGAGGCAGUAGAGACGCGCUCUGCGCUGCGCGCCUUCCUGUGCGGGGCGCUGAGCGGGUCGUGCUCCACGCUGCUGCUCCAGCCCCUGGACCUGGUGAAGACGCGGCUCCAGCUGCUAAGAGCCGCCAGCCCCCCACGGUCCCCGAGGGUGCGGAUGUUGUCCGUGCUGACCCAUGUGGUGCGUACGGAGAGCGUGCGUGGCCUCUGGAAGGGACUUGGCCCUUCUCUCGUGCGCUGCGUACCUGGCGUUGGCAUCUACUUCUGCACCCUGCACUCACUCGAAGAGAGUUUCUUCAGGGAUCGUGCUCCAUCCGCCCUGGACUCGCUCCUGCUGGGGCUGUCGGCAAGGACCGUAUCUGCAGUGUGCAUGCUGCCCGUCACUGUUGUGAAAACACGAUAUGAGAGUGGCCGCUUCAAGUACAGGAGUGUGCUCGGAGCACUGAGCAGCAUCCGUAAGACGGAAGGCAUCCGCGCCCUCUUUAGCGGCUUGACGGCAACGCUCGCUCGCGAUGCGCCCUUCUCGGGGAUCUACGUCAUGAUCUACACUCAGGCCAAGCACAUGCUGCUACACGGAGUGGAGAGGGAGGGCCAGGUGCCGACGCGGUUUGCGUGCGGGGUGCUGGCUGGAGUGGUAGCAUCUCUCGUCACGCAACCAGCCGAUACCAUCAAAACCUACAUGCAAAUGGAGCCUCACAGAUUUUCCCACACAGGACAAACUUUUGUGGCCAUCUGCAGAAGCCAUGGUCUGACAGGUCUCUUCCAUGGCGCUGUGCCGCGAUGUCUACGCCGCACACUGGUAACUGCCAUGGCGUGGACAGUGUAUGAAAGGAUGAUGGUGGGACUGGGCCUGAAGACGUGAAACCACCACCAUGGCUGCAGCACACCGGACAGUGACUCUCACAUGACAGUCUGACACGUGAUACAAGUGCCUCUGACUAACAAUGCCACAUGAGAUCAACACACAUGACAUAAUACUGCUUCUCAGUCACACUGGCGUGUGGAGUCAAAGCAAGGAGUCUUACACGACCAAAGCGUUCGCCAUUUGCACCAAUUCCCACACAGGAAUCCAUGUAACCCAGGCGUCUCACGAGUACUCGCUUGAGUGGUGGUGCUGAACAGACCCACAUGACCAUGCCGCCACCGUGACAAAUCAACCGGCAUUUGAAUUUGUUUGGAGAUAACAUUACAAAAGUCACAAGGACUUUGCCAAGCAAGAACGUUCUAUAUUACUUGGGUAACUUACUAGAACUUGAUGCCAUCUAGCACUAAUCUCGACAGUGUGCAGUUGUGCCUUUUAAAUAAAAGGGUCCAAUAAGUAUUUAAACAGCAUGUGCGUAAUGUUUACAGAAGAUGUGAUUAUAAAUACGCAAAAGGAUGUUACAUUAAUGAAUGUUUUACCGCUGCUGUACAGAUUUCAAUAAAGCUAAUUUACCAUG